AUGGCUUCGAAUUUUGAUAUAAAAGAUGGUAAAGUAGAAAUAAGUCCAUUCGACACCACCGAAUUAUCCAAACUUCUAAAAGAUACUCUGGAAAAUCUAAAGGAUAAAGAAAAUGAUGGAACGAUCAAAAAAGAAUUAAAGAAUACAAUUUUAUCUAAAUUGAAUCAAAAUUCUUCACAAUAUAAAUAUAUAAUAUCAAUUACAACACUGACAACAAAAAGUGAUGCCAAUGAUAUAACAAUAACAAAUGAAGUCGGUGCAUUGUGGAGUCCCAAGAAGGACGGUUUAUUAAAUUUCCAAUUAUUGAACGAUGCAACGAAUACUCAGUAUUUCGUUACUGUGUUUUUUAUUUUUAAAUAG